AUGCCGCUUCUUCCCCGCUUGGGGAGGCCCAGGUGCCACGGCACCGCGGCGCGCGGUGCGCUCGGCGGAUCGUCGAUUGCCGCGGUGGAUCGACGGAUCUUCGACUAUGAGAAGAAGUUCACGCUGGCCCUCAAGGCGAACUCCUGGCGCGGCGCCUUGGACCUCUGGGCCGAGCUCCGAAGGAGCUCAUUGACCCCUUCUGGAUCCUGCUGUAGUGCAGCGGUAAGCACACUGGCACGGUCCUGGCGCUGGCAAAAGGCCCUGGAACUGUUUGAUGGUUUGCAGCGAGAAUGUCCGGAUCACGUGCCCAGCCAGACCUCCUGUAAUGCAGCCAUCGCUGCAUUGGGGCGGGGAGCACAUUGGCGGGGUGCCCUCCACUUGGUCCGGCAGAUGGAAGCCGAGAUCGCCUGGCCAAAGCCUGACACGGUGUCCUUCGGUGCUUGCUGCGAUGCAAUGGCACGGGCUGCGCAGUGGGACGUCGCGUUGAAGCUCCUUGAGGAAUCCCCGAGUUUGCCGGCCUUGAGCAGCUGCAUCAGCGCGCAGGAGAGAGCGAGUGAGUGGCACCGUGCCAUCGGGCUGCUUCGAUGGGCCCGGUCGGUACACUUGAAGCCCAACACGGCGGUGAUGAAUGUGGCGCUGGGCGCUCUGGGCCAUGGCCACUGGGCACAAGCGAUGCAUUUGCUCGACCAGAUGCGACAGGAGGGGCCACGGCCCACGACCAUCUCCUUGAACACAGCCCUCCGCGCUUGUGCAGAUGCGAGUGCUUGGACUCGAGCGCUUUCCACCUUCGAGCUCUUUCAGGCGUUGGGACUUCAGCCAACGAACAUCACCUACACCACCCUCAUCGGCGCACUGGCGAAUGGCACUCUGUGGCAGCAGGCGGUGGUGCAGCUGGAGGAGUUGGAUCACCAGUUGGGCUCCAGCUCGGUGGAUCUCAUUACCCUCCACGCAACUCUCACGGCCUGUGCUCGUGGCCUGGCGGGAAGCUGUGCCAUGAAGUUGCUAUCAGAGCUGCCAAGUCGAUCUCUUCAGCCAGACCACACCACCUAUGGCAUUGCCCUGAGCUGUUUGGGUGGGGCGUGGCCUGUGGCACUGCAGCUCUUGGAGCACUUGGACUCACCAGGCGAACUCGGCUGGGACGAGGUGAUCUUCCGCACGGCUCAGGACGUUUUCAGCACUGCGCCGUUGGAGGAAGCGCUCAGGCUCUAUCGGCGUGGAGUGGAUCUGAAGCUGGUGCCCGGAGUGAACCAGGUGACAGACUUGCACGGCCUUCCAGCUGAGACUGCCCUGGUCUUGCUGUCGGCCACCCUGUUGGAGUUUGCCAUGAGACCCGAAGACGAGGAGAUCCUGGUGAUCCAUGGAAUCCAUGGUCCAGAGAAGCCCGGUGAAGCCAUCCUGAGGCCAUUGGGAGGACAGGGCAAUGACUCAGUGCAGGCUUUUCGUGAAAUCGAAGACGGGCGUCGUCCCGUGCCCAGUCCGGUGCCGCCAGGUGAGCGGGCGAUCGCUCCACCACUGGGCGAGGGACGUGCGAAAAAGGAGAAGACUGAAGAGGGCACCGGCUCUGAGCAGAGUAUGAGAGCGGUAUGGGCGCCCAUGCCGUCCCUUGGGAUUUUGGUGACCUUGCUCACCUUCUUCACGCUACGUCCUCCAAAGGUCUACAUGUACGGCCCCGCGGCGAGUCCUUUGGGCCGCAGUUAUGCCGUGGAUUGCAGCCACUGGUCUGAACUUGGCUCAUCGCAACAAGCCGACUUGGUGGAUGAAGUCUUGGAGGUUUUGAGGAGAAAUGGCUUCGUCGUCUUGGAAGGGAUGGUCCCUGCCGAUGAGCAGCUCGCCAUGGAGGAGGCCGCGAAGCAGCAUUUCGAGAAGUUGCCAGAAGGAUAUUUCACUUCGCCCCUGAGAGCGGAGCGAAGUCAGGUUCACGUGCCCUACGAAGAUCCCUGGUCGAAGGAUUGGUUGGUCUCCAACGACUUGGUCUUGCAGGUCACUGCCAGGUAUGUCAUCAAUAACAUGGCUUGUGGGCGCUCAGAGGAGGAACAACAAUCUGCUUGGUGCCAAUGGGUGAUGGAAGGCUCCAGCGUGGAAUGGUUUCAUUCGAUUCCACCACAAGCAGGUCCUUUGGCCACGGACCCACCCCACGGAUGCACCACGGUCGGAGCACCCGAGCAGCUGGGGCCCUGGCUGGGGCGAGUGAUGAUCACGAAGACACCACCGCAGUCGCCCUUGAUGACCAGACACCGAGACAUUAUUCUCCCUGGACCCUUUGCACAGCUCACCAUCGGCGUGCCCCUCACCCCCUUGGAUGCCAACAACGGCCCGUUGGCCCUACG